GUGUUAACAACGUUGUUUUAAGCAGUAAAAUAAACAGAAUUAAAAAUUUAAAACUCUAGAAAUGGGAAGGAAAAAAACCAUGUUGCUUUCAUAUGGAAAAUAUUCAAAAUAUAUUUGUUUAAUUGUAAUAGUUUUGGAGCAGUUGGCGUUAACAACUGUAGCUGGUAUUAAAUGUAUACAGUGUGGAGACAGUGAAGAGACUUGUAGUACAACUCUUUGGGAAGAUGCUAAAGUAUGUCCCAAUAAAGAUCAAACCAAAUGCUUUACACAAAUUGACACCAGUGGCAUCAUUACAAGAGGCUGCAAAACAGACGCUGAAGCCAAAGCAUGUACAGCUGAUAAUAAUUGUAUUAUCACAGGCGAGAGAAAAAAUAAUCAACUUAUAUGCAAAAAAUGUAUUGCAACCGAUGAAAAGUGCUCUCAAACCGACAUGAAUAUUAACGAUCUGGAAUACAAUCACAUCUGCGUCGAAGGCGUUAGAAGAUGUAUUAAGAAAGUCGUUAACAAACUUGUCGUUAGAGAUUGUGCCACUGAGAAUGAUAUCCAACAAUGUACCGAUUCUAAAACCUGUGAAACAUGUGACAGCAUUAACUGCAAUACUGGAGUAUUCCCCAAGGGUCGCAUCACUUGCUACCAAUGUACUGGUAGCAGCUGCGAAGAUAUUACCGCAAAUAAUAUAGUUGACAAAGUCUGUGCGAAUUACGAAGAAAAUGAUCAAUGCUAUAUGAAAGCGAAGAACGAAAACGACAUGACACGUGGUUGCAAGUCCGAUACUAGGGAUAAUGAAUGUUUAGACGCUGCUGAAGUACUCAAGUGUCAUCAGUGCACCAGUGAUGUUCCUACUAAUAAAUGUUUUGAUAAACAAACUAGUAAAGUGUUUGAGAAAUGUAAGAGACAAAUUCGUUAUACUUUUCCCGAAUAUUGUUAUACCCAAAUCAAUGGUAAUACCAUUAAACGUGGUUGUCUUCAUGAUAAUUUGGACCUAACAGUUGACAUAUGCAAAGAUGCUGAUAGUGAUACCUGCACGAAAUGCAAUAAUGGCGAUGGUUGUAAUAAUAGGCAACAAAUAUUAGAUUAA